CGGUGGCGGGGUAGCAUCCUCCAGGGCCGUCGGAGUUCGCGGGAAACCGGCUAUAGUCGAGAUACGAAAACGUAAUUCGACCCCGGAUUACACAACCUCCUUUUGCGCUAAACCAGUGCUUCAUUAGGUGACCCAUUUCCAACUGUUACGCUUAAAAACCGAGCAGUGACACGGCUUAGAAUCGCCGUCUUUCAAGGACCGCCGCCCCGGCUGCUAUGCUAACGACGGACGGUUGUUAGCUAGCCUCGGUAGUCUCAUUGGCUAACGGGGACGUUGUGCUUCAUGCGACAGGACGCAGGAGAUACUGCCGGAUUGAAGGAGACAAAGGGCUGCUUGCUGUCAGACACGAGCGGACUGUUAACAUGUUCGGCUUGGACCGUUUCCGUUUUGACAAGAAUGCAGCGACAGCGGCAAAUAAAGACCCGGAUAAGGGGUCCAAGAGUCCGGAGUCUGAGAAGGAGAACAAGCCAGCGCAAAUGAAAGCGGUCAAACCCACACCAAAGUGCCACGCACGAGGAGUGGUUUUUGAGGAAGUCCUCACGAUUGACUUGGAGGACGAUGAGCUUGCCUCUGACACAAAGACCAAAACACCAUUAAACCGUAAGCCCAAGAAUCCUAAAGGGAAGUCAUCCAAAAAUGCGGCAUUGGAUCACACCGAUGCGGAGGACGAUGAACUGAAUGACAAAAUGAGCAGUAUACUGGAGAUGUUCCCUCAGUUGACGAGGACAGACCUGCUUGAGAUCAUUGGGAGCACAAGCACAUUGGAGGGGGCUGUUGCUGCAUGCCUUUUAAGGUUUGGUGAUAAAGAAGCCCCAGACCACGGCAGGAAGAGAAAGCUGGAUGGAUCCAGCAGUUCCCAGGACAGUGCUGAGGCUCAAUCCAGCAAGAGGAGCAAGAGGACAGUGGUUUGCGAUGAGGACGACGCGGAGCCCAGCUGGGAGAAGCAGGAAGCCAUGGUCCGAAGACUGCAGAAAAAGUUUCCCGACCAGGACAAGGAGGAGCUGAGGAUGGUGCUGCAGGAGCACGAGUGGAAUGUUGAGGAUGCUCUGCAGGUUCUGCAAAUGUUCUCGGACCCAGAUGACACCAGUUUCAGCUCGCCCGACACGGAAGAAAAGAAAUCCAGUAAAUCAAAGAGUAAAGACAAUACGAGCCAGAACCACGGGAAGCCGAAGCACCACAAAGAUGACACAGACAGUAGACGCAGGAGGAUUCAACAGAACCACAGAAACUCUAGUGAAUCAGAGGGGAGUGAAGAUCAUUCAGACGCUACAAAGGACAGUGAAGAUUCCGACUUGGACUGCGUCAAGAGUGCAAAGAACACAAGUGGCACUUUGUCCACGUGGCUUAAAAAAAGUUCUGACUCUGUAUCGUCAUCGACUUCUGUUAAGAAAACCACCACCUCUUCCUCCCUGAAGCCCUCCUCCUCCUCCUCCUCCUCCUCCUCCACUGCUCAGAUGCUAUCCAGAUUUGCCAGUGGGACCAGCAUAGCUAAGAAGCAGGCGGCCGAGAGAAAGCGGAAGGCCCGUGACUCCAACGAACACGUCAGUUCCGAGGAGGAAAAUGACGCCGAAGAGGAGACGGUGAGCAGUGAGUUUGAGGACUCCGACGAAGAGCUGGAUUCCACAGGCGGCAUGACCGAUCUGAAGAAAGAGAUCCUUGACUUCUUCCGCGACGCAUCGAUUGACGAGCUGUCGCUAAUUGCUGGCUGCUCUGUUAAAAAGGCCCAGAAGAUUGUGGAGCUGAGGCCCUUUGACAGCUGGCAAAGCCUGGCGGAUGCCUUCGUUAAGGACAAGGGACUGUCUGACUCUCUGCUGCUGGGCUGCCGAGUUGUCCUCAAAGAGCGGAAGGUCGUCCUGGGGCUGAUGUCCAAAUGUAACACCAUUUCCUCCAAAAUGGUCCGGCAGGUCACUGAGGUGAUGGAGAGCGGCACAGGGACCCUGAAACAGCCCGCCCUGCUCAACAGCCAGAACCAGCUGAAACCCUAUCAGCUGAUUGGUCUGAAGUGGCUGCUGCUUCUAAAUGAGCACAAACUGAGUGGUAUCCUCGCUGAUGAAAUGGGUUUGGGGAAAACUAUCCAGGCCAUAGCGUUCCUGGCCCAGCUCUACGAGAGGGGAGUAGACGGUCCACACCUCAUCACGGUUCCCGCCUCUACAUUGGAUAACUGGGUCAGAGAGCUGAAGCUGUGGUGUCCCAGCCUCAAGGUUCUCGUCUAUUGUGGAUCUGUGGAGGACCGCCGUUACCUCAGACACGACCUCCUCAAUGACGACGUUGAUUGCAACGUCAUUGUGACCACGUAUAACAUGGCCAUAGGAAACGAUAGCGACCGCAGCCUUUUCCGUAAGCUGCGUCUGAAGUAUGCCGUGUUCGAUGAAGGUCACAUGCUGAAGAACAUGAACUCUCUGCGCUACCGCCACCUCAUGGCCAUCAACGCAGAGCAUCGCUUGCUGCUGACGGGAACUCCUUUACAGAACAACCUCUUAGAGCUGAUGUCUCUCCUGAACUUCAUCAUGCCUUCCAUGUUCUCCAGCUCCACCACACAGCUCUCUAAAAUGUUUUCUAUGAAUUCUCACGAGGAGCAGAGCCGCUUUGAGAGGGAUCGAAUUUCUCAGGCCAAACUCAUCAUGAAACCUUUUAUCCUCAGAAGAGUCAAGAGCGAGGUCCUCAAGCAGCUGCCAGCCAAGGAAGAUAAGGUGGAGUCCUGCCCAAUGAGUGAGAAACAGCAGGCUCUCUACCAGACCCUCUUUGACAAACUCAAGGCUUCUACUAAUGGCGAGAAGCGUGAGUUGUGUAAUGUGAUGAUGCAGUUGAGGAAGAUGGCCAACCACCCGCUGCUUCACCGGCACUACUACACCACCGAAAAGCUCAAAGCCAUGAGCAAACUCAUGCUCAAGGAGCCAACUCACUUUGAUGCAGACGCUGCUCUGAUCCAGGAGGACAUGGAGGUGAUGUCUGACUUUGAGCUGCAUCGUCUGUGCAAGCAGUACUCGUCCAUCAGCUCCUACCAGCUGGAAAACAAUCUCCUGCUUGACUCUGGGAAAUUCCAUCACCUCACUGAGCUGCUGGCCUCUCACAAGAACAAGGGAGACCGAGUGGUGCUGUUCAGUCAGUUCACCAUGAUGCUGGACAUUGUGGAGGUGCUGCUGAAACAUCUUAAGCAUCGUUACGUCAGACUGGAUGGGUCAACGCCCAUAGCGGACAGAAUUGGGUUGAUUGAUGAGUACAACACGGAUCCGGGCAUUUUUGUGUUCCUGUUGUCAACGCGUGCUGGUGGCCUGGGCAUCAACCUCACCUCUGCUAACGUUGUCAUCCUACAUGACAUCGACUGCAAUCCCUACAACGACAAACAGGCAGAGGACAGAUGUCACCGUGUAGGCCAGACCAAGAUCGUGAAGGUCAUUAAGCUGAUCAGUAAGGGCAGUAUAGAGGACUGCAUGCUGCAGCUGAGCCAGAAGAAGCUAAAGCUGGAGCAGGACAUGACUGCUGCUGAAGGUGGUGAGGGGACCAUACCUGAAGAUAUGGCAUCUUUGCUCAAGGCCUCACUGGGACUUUAAUCUGCAAACAUGGAAACAUAACUAACACAUUUAUGAGGGCAUUCCUGGGAUUCUGUCUAGACUUGAGUGUUUGAGACCGACCACACACUUUUGUGUCAGUACUGGAAAAGCUACUGCGAACCGUACGCUGCCAUGAGAAACAGUUCUGAUAUUGAGGUGCGACUUACUGUGGAGCACGGCAGCUGUGCCUAAAACACUAUUUUUACAUGCACACAGUUUUUGCUCCUACUUUUGACGAGAUCAAUAUCUGAAGACCUGACCGUCAAUCAGCCUUUUUCCAGUGUAAUGCACUCGACGUGUUACUCGAGGAUUCUGCUGUAAAAACACGAACUGCCGUUUAGAGGAGUUCAGAUAAAGCAGUACGCCGUGCGGCUCUUAUGACCAAGGGUCAAACGUUUAAGUUCAAUAACCCAUGCAUACAUUUCAUUUUUAAUUUACACUCUGAUAAAAGUACUGUUUGCUGGUAGUUUAAUUUCCGCGAAGCGAUGCAGUGGUAUAUUUCUAUACCGUCCUUCAUAAAUUCACAUAUUGGACAAUUGCAUUAGACAGUAUUUGACAAAUUGUAUUCUCUGGUAGUGUAAGUGUCUACUUUCAUCAUAUCAUAGUGUCUUUUGCGAAGGCAGACUGACGUUUCUAGAGCGAACAUCAGUGCGUGUGUGGGUUUGGUCGAUAAAUUUAGAUCACAAAAAGAUUGGGUGGGAUAAAAAAAAGAAUUGCAAAACAAAAUGGCAAAUAUGAAUAGACUGUUGAAUUUGUUUCUAUUCUGGUUCUUCUACUUUAAGACUCUCGAGCUAAGCGACAGAGGUUAAGAAAGCAGCUGCUGCAUUCGUACUGUAUAAUUGGCUUAUGUGUUUUAAAUGUCAAGUGUAAAAGCUUUUACUCAGUUGUUUGUAUGUUAAAGUUCCUAUUUGAACUGAAUAAUAAAAAUUGGAAUAAAA